AGAAGUGGAAAUUAGAAAAAGGAGAAAGAAAAAGAACACAUCGAAUACCAAAUGGCUCCGUGUUGUACGAUGAUGAUUCUGCGCUGUCUUGUUCUGUUUCUGAUGGCAAGUAGUUCUUUGACAGCCGCCGCAAGAACCGGAGCCACUAUGGAGAUAAAGAUCAAGAAUAGAAAGAGCUUAGGGAUUAAAUAUAGCCAUAUCUUUGGUUACUUACCUAAAGGCGUUCCCAUUCCUCCUUCUGCUCCUUCUAAGAGACACAACUCUUUUGUUGACUCUCUUCCGCAUUGAGUUUAUUCUUCUUCAUUGCAAUUUUUUUUUUUGUGGUUUGUUUUGUAGAUUAGAUCAACAUAGGAUAUACUCGUUGUAUAUGCAUACAAUUUAUAUACACUUUUGAAAUUGUUCCUUUCUUUUUAUGUUUAUGGACUUAUAUGUUUAAGGUUAUGAUGGUCAUAUAAAGAUCAAGAAAAUGGAUUAAGCUUUCUUA